CGGCGCCGGGCCCUUUGCGGCCGCCGUAACGGGACGGGCUCGGUCUACGGUGGCUGCCGGGACUGGGGUGCGGCAGAGGCGCGGGGGCCGGGCCGCGGCCGCCAUGGGCAACCUGUUCGGCCGCAAGAAGCAGAGCCGGGUCACGGAGCAGGACAAGGCCAUCCUGCAACUGAAGCAGCAGCGUGACAAACUCAAGCAGUACCAGAAGAGGAUCACCCAGCAGCUGGAGCGGGAGCGGGCCCUGGCCCGGCAGCUGCUGCGGGAUGGCAGGAAGGAACGGGCCAAGCUGCUGCUCAAGAAGAAGCGAUACCGGGAGCAGCUGCUGGACAAGACGGAGACCCAGAUCAGCAGCCUGGAGGCCAUGGUGCAGAGUAUAGAGUUCACCCAGAUCGAGAUGAAGGUCAUGGAAGGGCUGCAGCUGGGCAACGAGUGUCUGAACAAGAUGCACCAGGUGAUGUCCAUAGAAGACGUGGAGAGGAUCCUGGACGAGACCCAGGAGGCCGUGGAGUACCAGCGGCAAAUAGACGAGCUGUUGGCGGGAAGCUUCACUCAGGAGGACGAAGACGCCAUCCUCGAGGAGCUGAACGCAAUUACUCAGGAACAAAUGGAGCUGCCGGAGGUUCCUUCGGAGCCCCUUCCCGAGAAGAACCCAGAAAAAGUCCCUGUCAAGGCUAGGCCCAGGCAGGCGGACCUGGUGGCAGCUUCGUAAUGCAGCCUCCUCCUUCGGGGCUUGAGGGAUUCCCCAAGGACUGUGGCCACUGGGAGCCUGGGCUCGUGGCCAGCCCGACCGGGCUCCGUGGAGAUCAGCGUGGAUGGUGCUCAGGAGUGGAGCGCAGCGCAGGGCUGUCGUGUCAGGGGGACUCUAGUGCACCCUUCGCAGCUUAAAGUCUGGGUGCACGUGGGCGCUGCUGUCUUGCUCUCAUUUCUGGAUUAAACGGCAGCGGCCAGACCCUGGCCAGGCCGGCUUCUGGUGGCUGCAGCUCUGCCGUGGCCGGGCCAGGCUCCCGGUGCUGCUCACGCUGCUGCUCCUGACCCUGCGCAGUUCGUGCUCCUUUGCGGGGAAGGACCUUGGGGUCCCGCAUUUCCUUUUACUUCCUGCUGCUCCCAUUAGCUGGUGGAGGCUUCAGUUAAGGGGUCCCUGCCGUGGGCUGGCCUCCUGACACGCCUCAGUUUCCACGUAGGUUGGGGGUGGAAGCCCCAGUAAACUGGCUUUCGUGGAACCUCUGGGUGCCUCUGCCUCAGCACCCCAGACUCCAGCCUCUCGUUUGAGGGCAGGGGACCAGGGGCCAUCCUUGCAGGACUGACAAUUCCAGGAGCCGUGGCUUCACCCCUCGCCACUCGUGGGCCUGUACACAGUGGCUUGGCCCUGCUGAGAAUGGACAUCCCGACGGGGAGACGAGAGCUUGCUCCAGCAGGCGUGGCCCUGCAGUGCCUGUGGGCUCCCUGUGCGUGGGGCUUGUGGACCUGCAGAGACCCGGGUCCCUCAACCUUCCAGCUUCUGAGCCACCAGCAGCCAAGACAGGAGCCCUGGAGAGGACUUCUUGUGCGCAGGUCGGUUCUGUGAUUAGACAGUCUCGCCGGGAUGAGCCCUGUCUGUGACAUCAGCAGGAGCAGAGGCCCUGAGAGCCACCAAGGACAGAGGGGAGCUGCUUCCUUAACCCCCAAACAGGACAGCC